AUGGUUGACGUAACUUAUGGAAUCCCUCUAGAUAUUCGUGAUGCUGCUUUGAAAAUGGCUGGCAUACCCAAUGAGUACGCUAUAGAGUCCCAAACCAGAAACAGAGAGGUGAAAGCUAUCAUGGGAGAUAAACAGGAAGCAAAACACAGGGAGAAUGAAAGCGAGGAAGUUGAAGAGAUCGAGCAGAAAAGAUUGAAAGCUCAUGCGAUCCUCGAAACGCUAGCUGCCAAGUUAUCAUCUAAGAGAAAUGUCAAGGAAAGAGCAAUUGAAGUUGCCAACAAAGACAUGACAAAAAUCGUGGCCAAACUACCUUUUGGUGGAACAUUGACUCCUCCAGUAGACUCUAGUAUUAAGUCAUUUUUCGUAUUUGGCUUCUCACCCGAAAUGCCGCAGUAUGCCCUCUCUAACUACUGUGAGAGGUUUGGUCCAACUAUCAUCAAGGUUGUUCACCGGUCCAGAUGUGCCUAUGUUACAUUUUCGGCACGAAAAGGUGCAGAAGAGUUUGCCAAUGAAAUCGCCACUAAAGGAAUGAGCAAAAAUCCAAGAACUCCUGGUUUGGUGGUUAUUGAUGGCAAGUACCCAGUUCGAGUAGCUUGGGGUGCACCUAAGCCAUUAGGUACAAGCAAUGAUGACCACAACAAAAUCGGCCUGGUUGUCGUGAAGGUAAUGAAACAGCUAGCAGAGAAAGACGCCUCACCUCAAAAGAAUAAGCGAAAAGUGGAAAAGGUCAAGAAAUCAUACAAGGCCGCCAGUGGAGAUACGGAGAUCUAA